AUGGAAGAAAUAACCAACCUGUCUUCACUAUUUCACAAUGAUAGUAAUUUAUAUUACCAAAACAACAAAGUAACGCUGCCUGUGAAGGUUCCGUUGAGUUAUCAGAUAUCUACAUCUUUGCUAAUUGGUGCACUUAUUCUUUGUUCCAUUUUUGGGAACGCGUGCGUCGUUGCAGCUAUAGCUUUGGAGAGGUCUCUUCAGAAUGUGGCAAACUAUCUGAUCGGAUCACUUGCUGUUACGGAUCUUAUGGUAUCUGUGCUUGUUCUGCCAAUGGCAUGUCUUUACCAAGUUUUAGACAAGUGGACACUUGGACAGGUAACUUGUGACAUUUUUAUCUCAUUGGAUGUUCUGUGCUGCACAUCUUCAAUUCUGCAUCUGUGCGCAAUAGCUUUGGACAGAUACUGGGCUAUAACCGAUCCUAUAGAUUACAUGAAAAAAAGAACGCUCAAACGUGCCGCGGUUUUAAUCAGCGUUACGUGGCUGGUAGGCUUCUCAAUAUCAGUUCCACCCAUGCUGAUCAUGAAGUCACAGCCCAAGAGUAAAGCAGAAGAUAUGGCUAAUCCCGAAGCGUGCACUAUCAGUCAUGAUCCAUGGUAUACGAUUUACUCAACCUUUUGUGCGUUUUAUAUACCACUGAUUCUUAUGCUUGUCCUGUAUGGACGUAUAUUCAAAGCCGCACGAUUCCGAAUUCGCAAAACGGUGCGAAAAACAGAGAAAAAGAAAGUAAAAUGCUUGACUGUAUCACCCGCUCUGUCUAAGAAAACAAACGUGGAGGUUGGCAAAAACUGGAAGAGCACCGUCGAACCCCAACCAGCUUCAUGCAUAAAUGGCUCGAUCAAGCAUGCGGACGACGGCGAGUCAUUGGAGAUUAUUGAAGUUCAUGGUAAUUCGAAAAACAAUAUUCCUCUCCCAAACACAACAAACACUCUCCCUCUCUUCGAGAACAGACAUGAAAAAAAUUCCGAAGCCAAGAGAAAGCUUGCUCUGGCACGGGAGCGCAAAACAGUGAAGACAUUGGGCAUCAUAAUGGGCACCUUCAUUCUUUGCUGGCUACCUUUCUUUAUCAAAGCGCUGGUAAUGCCUUUUUGCUCAUCUUGUGAAAUGCCCGUGUGGCUCAGAGACGUGAUUAAUUGGCUUGGGUACUCAAACUCCCUUUUGAAUCCCAUCAUAUACGCUUACUUCAACAAAGACUUCCAGAGUGCAUUUAAAAAAAUUAUAAAAUGUCAUUUUUGCAGACCGUGAAUACAGGGUUUUCUUUGUAAAUCGGUUAUUACAGAAUUUCGUCAUUUACUUGCUACGAACAGUUUGUUCAGAUAGACCUUGAUGGAUUGAGAUAAUGAUGUGACAGACAUCCAGUAUAAAACAUUCCUUCAGUGGAAGAAUGAUCACGCUUGGCAGGUUUUGGACGGGGUCAUUGCAUAAAUCCCAUUGUUUCUAUUUUCAGAAAAGGUGUAUAAUACUGUGUAUGCA